GCAAUCGAUCACCGGCGUCAUUCUUAAACCUCUUUACAUCCAUCAUUCCCCCAAUAAAUAUCUGCUCCGUGACGGCGACCUCCCUCCUCCCUCCUCCUCCUCCUCCUCAUCAUCAUCAUCAUCGUCUUUCUGCGGGUAAUCGCGUCACUCCGUUGCAAACGAUGAAUGUAGAUAAGCUCAUGAAGAUGGCUGGUGCUGUUCGCACCGGUGGAAAGGGCAGCAUGCGCAGGAAGAAGAAGGCAGUUCACAAAACUACAACAACAGAUGACAAGAGGCUUCAAAGCACAUUGAAAAGAAUAGGCGUCAAUGUCAUACCUGCCAUAGAAGAAGUCAACAUUUUUAAGGAUGAUCUUGUUAUUCAGUUUGUUAAUCCUAAGGUGCAAGCUUCUAUUGCAGCCAAUACAUGGGUUGUUAGCGGGUCUCCUCAGACAAAGAAAUUUGAAGAUAUGCUACCUGGCAUCAUUAACCAACUAGGGCCUGAUAAUUUGGAGAACUUGAAGAGACUUGCGGAACACUUACAGAAACAGUCACCCAGCACAGCUACUGCUGCUAAACAGGACAAUGAUGAUGAUGAUGUCCCUGACCUGGUCCCUGGAGAAACAUUUGAAGCAGCUGCAGAUGAAAGCCAAGCUUCAUAGAGAAAUAUGCUUUUCAGAUAAAUUCUCAGACUUUUCAUGUCGUCAGUUGCAGUUUUGGUUUCUCAAGACGGGAAGCAGAUGAAUUCAUUUAUGUUAUAUGAAGCAGUAGAGAAGCAAAUAUUUUGUUCUUUCUCUCAAUAGAAUGUCUCAGAUUACUGAUUCGUUUCAAAAUCAAGCUUCAUAUAGAAAUAUGCUUUUCGGAAAACUUCUCAGACUUUUCAUAUAGUCGUUUUCAGUUUUGGCAUCUCAAGAUGGGAAGAAGAUGAAUUCAUUUAUGUUAUAUGAAGCAGUAGAGAA